CCGAGUUAUUCAGCCAAGCUAAAACCAUCUCUGCAUGUAGCUGUUUCUACCUGCAGUUUUACAGAGAAUCUUAAAUCAGAUUAAAAACAGCAUUUGGAGAGGAUUAACUCACUGAUCCUGAGAGAUAAAGAGGAACAUGACAAUAUUUGUACUAUGACUAGUCAGGAAGAUACGCAGACAGAUCUUCAUCACUGCUUAGAGUGCGGAAAGAGUUUUAGUCAAGAGAAGGAUCUCACAGCACACCAGCUCAUCCACAGACAAGACAAACCACAUCAGUGCUCACAGUGUGGAAAGAGUUUUGUGUAUAAAUGUCGUCUCCAACAACAUCAGCGCGCUCAUGCAGGAGAGAAGCCGUAUCAGUGCUCACAGUGUGGAAAGGGUUUCAUGUAUAGAUGCCGUCUCCAAAAACAUCAGCGCACUCAUACAGGAGAGAAGCCGUAUCAGUGCUCACAGUGUGGAAAGAGUUAUACUCAGCAGGGUAAUUUAUAUCAACACCUCCGAAUUCAUUCAGAUGAGAAACCAUUUAUCUGCUCGCAGUGUGGGAAAGGAUUUACUCACCAGCGUAAUCUCCAAUAUCAUCAACGCAUCCAUACAGGAGACAAGCCGUAUCAAUGCUCACAGUGUAAAAAGAGUUUUACUAACACGAGUCAUUUAAAAGAACACCAGCGCAUUCAUGCAGGAGAGACGCCAUAUCACUGCUCACAGUGUGGAAGGGGUUUUAAGCUAGAGCGUUCUCUCCAACAACAUCAGCGCAUUCACACUGGAGACAAACCGUAUCCUUGUUCACAGUGUGGAAAAAGUUUUAAUCAUAAGAGUUCUCUACAGAGUCACCAACGCAUUCACACAGGAGAGAAGCCGUAUUACUGUUCAGAGUGCGGCAAGAGUUUUUAUAAUGUGAGCCAAUUCCAAACACAUCUGCACAUCCAUACUGGAGAGAAGCCUUAUAGCUGCUCAGAGUGUGGAAAAAGUUUUAAUGACAAAAGUACUCUCAAGCUACAUCAGCGCAUUCACACAGGAGAAAAGCCGUAUCACUGCUCCGAGUGUGGGAAGAAUUUUACUGACAAAAGUACUCUCAAGGCACAUCAGCGCAUACACACAGGAGAAAGACCAUAUCACUGCUCAAUGUGUGGGAAGAGUUUUAAUCAUGCAAGUGCUCUAAAAGGACAUCAGCGUAUUCACACUGGAGAAAAGCCGUAUUACUGCUCAGAGUGUGGAAAAUGUUUUACCCAGUCAUGUCAUCUAAAAAGACACCAAGCUAUUCACACGAAGAAAACCAGACAGCAGAGACCCAGUGAAUCACAUUCAGACCUUUUAUCUCCUUGAUAUGUAAUUAAAUAAUAAAAAGAAAAAACAGGCUAUCACUCUACUGGUGCAUCUCAAUAAAUUAGAAUAUCAUUGAAAGGAUUAUUUUAUUUCAGCAAUUCAAUUAAAAAAGUAAAAAUCAGUUCCUUUUGAACUGAUUUUCA